AAUAAUAAUAAUAAUAAUAAUAAUAAUAAUAAUAAUAAUAAUGUAGUAUUAUGUAGCACUUGUUCUGAAGGGGAAUUUCUGGCUUUCCUGCCACCAGGUUCCUUUCUGCCGACGGUUCCAGCUAGAGGUCCAUUAUAUCCGUUGUGGGUUUGAGUCCCAACUUGGAGGCUUUGUUCCCUUCCUAGUGUGCAUCUACAUGAAGGAAUGGAUGCAGUUUGAAACCCCACUCGAACUGCCAUGGCUCAGUGCUAUGCAGGCCUGGGAGGUGUUUAUUUUAGCCAGGUCUUUUUCAUGGCCAAAGAGGGCAAGCUACAACUCAGAGGUCUCCAUAGCAUUAGUACAAAGCAUUCAUUUGUCACUGACGUAGCUUUGGCACAGAGUGGGUGGGGUGAUUGGAGCUGAGUGCUGUUCCCCCAAUGUUGACUGCGCCAGAGCUGCCACCUUCUCUCUGCAGCAACAGCUGGGAAAAGCUGCCCUCCGGAAAGACAAAGGUAAGCCUCACCCGAGGAGAUCUGGCUCAGCAGAGAUCAGCGUGUUCAGACAUGAUGCCGUGGGCAACAUGUAUCUGCUAGGGAUGGAGCCCAGUGGCAGGAGGGAAUAGACCUCUUGGAGCCAAUGGGUGGGGAAGGACCCUUUCAAUGGGUCUCCCAGUUAGAUCACCUUCUGAGGAGUUUUGCCAGAGGCAUUCAGCACCUUGGAGAGGCCCAGAGAGUUUGGGCACCUUGCUCAAGCUCCCUGGUCUUUCCAAGGGUGCUUGGGUGGGCAUGGGCCCCUUUGGGUUGUGUAUCAUUUCAGAACAGACUAGAUGGCCUUUGAGAGCCCCUUCCGAAUACAGGCGUCUUUGAAGGGUGGUCGUUCCAGCAUCUUCAUAAGCUGAUCAACACAGGCUGGAAUGGCCUUCUUUUCAGGAGUGCUUUCGUCUUCUAGUCUAGACUAGAUGGCCUCUGGGGGUCCCUUUCCAACUCUAGAGGGCUACCAACUGCCUUGGAAAGCGGCCAACUCUCCUCCUUCGAAGGCUUUCAAACAGGUUUGAUGGGCUGCUUUCAGGAGUGCUGUCUUGGCUUCUUCCAUGCGACAGAGAUUGGGCUGGACUAGAUGACCUUUGGGGUGCCCACUGAUAAUGCAUGGACGGCUGCUGGGUGCCCACCUCUGCCUUGUGAGAAGCACCAGGCCCUUUGCAUGGGCUCAAAAGCCCUCCUGCCCAUCUCAAGGCCUUCCCACAUCCAUAUCUAUAACCCAGAAUAUCAAGGUAGAAAAUACCACAAUAUCUGAUUUGAACUGGGAUAUCUGAGUCCACACUGCCAUAUAUUCCAGUUCAAAUGUGGGAUUUUAUUCAGCUGUGUGGAAGUGGUCUCAGCUCCUCCUGAUCCAGGAAGGAUGCUGUGCCUGUUGCUCGGCAGCUGAUUCCCUGACGCUUCCCUCUUUUCCUCUUCCGCCAACAGCAGCAGCAGCAGCAGCAGCUCAUGAUAAUCUCCUGGCAGGAAGCCUGGUCCAGGGUGGCCUCUCGCGGGCGGUCAGAGGAUGCCGCUUGAAGGAUGCUGACGCAGGACUCUGUUGUUGUUGUUGCUGCCCUGGCCGUUGCCAUUGGGGAAGGAGGAGUCUCCUGCAUCCCACUUUGGGCCGCCUCCCUUCCGCCCGGCAUCAAUUUGCACAUGGCACUGGGCUCAAGCUGGCAUCCUGUCCCAAAGAGCAGUCGGAUUGGGAAGCCUGGGCCGGGAUGGGUCACUUCUCUGUCGGAGCCGAUGCCAAGGUGCCCUUUGGCCCCUUUGAAGAAAGGGAGGCCUUUUGCACUGGCAGAGUGAAAGCCACGAAAACAACCCUGGACCAGCUGGAAAUUCUAUACCGGUGAGUCACAAGCAGCAAAGGCAGGAGAAGGAGGAGCAGGAGCCAGGGCCGGCAGUCGCCACCCUCCCUGCUGUGAGCAUCUUCAUCCUUCAGGAGCUCUAGCCUCUGCCCAAGGACUUUGCCAGGCUGCCCUCCCCGAUGUGCCUGCCCUCAGGGAGGAGAGAUGCUGCCGGGAUGAGCCCGCUGGCCCAGAGAGCAGGGCCACCGCCUCCCUGGAAGCCAGAUCCAGGCCAGGAUGGGAAGCUGAGAGCCUUGGACCGUGGGGCCGCGCCCGCCUUGCCCCUGGUGCCCACUGUCCUGGUCUGGCUGGCCACUGGCACCACCAUGGCCAGCCUCAACAAGUGGAUCUUUGCUGUCCACAACUUCCGCUUCCCGGUGCUGCUCUCCUCCCUGCACAUGCUGACGGCUGUCCUGGUGGGCAAGCUGCGGGCAAGUGGGCCCCGGCCUCUGCUGGGCCCUGGCGCCCAGGCCCGGGUCCUGCUGCUGAGCAUCACCUUCUGCGCCAGCGUGGCCUUUGGCAACCUGGGUCUCAACUAUGUGCAGCUGGACUUUGCUCAGAUGGUCUACACUACCACGCCGCUCUUCACCCUGGCGCUGUCCGAGGCUCUGCUCCGCAAGCGCCAUCACCCGCUCCAGUACGCCGCCAUGGGGCCCAUCUGCCUGGGCGCUGCUCUCAGCAUCGUGGGACAGGUUCACUUCGACCAGGCCGGCUGCUGCUGCCUGGUGGCCGCCACCUUCCUCCGGGGGCUCAAGUCCAUCCAGCAAAGCACCCUGCUGCAGGAGGAGCGGCUGGACUCACUGAACCUGCUCUGCCUGACCUCACUGCCCAGCUUCUACAUCCUCUUUGGGGCGGCCCUGCUGCUGGAGGUGGGCCCAGCCUGGGAUGGCACCUUGACAUAUGGGGCCGGGCUCUGGGCCUGCCUGCUGGCCAGCUGCCUGGGCUCUGUGCUCUACAACCUGGCCAGUUUUGCCGUCCUCUCCCUCACCUCGGCUCUCACCAUCCACGUCCUGGGCAACUUCAAUGUGGUGGGCAAUCUGCUCCUCUCCCGCUUGCUCUUUGGCAGCCGCCUGACGCUGCUGGGCUACGCAGGCAUUGGGCUCACCCUCUCCGGGGUCUUCAUGUACCACCACUGCCAGGGCAUCGCCGACUGCUGGCGGGCCCGAACCCAGCGAGCCAAAGAGGAAUGAGCCAGAGAGGGAUUGCUGUCUCGCGCCAACUGGACUUUGGCAUUAGUGGACGGAAGGCCUGGGCAAGGUUGCCUUCCCCAAACAAUGCCAACUGCUCCCAAACCAUUGCUCGUGGGUGGAAAUGCUUUUGAGAAAUGCUUUCCAGCAUCCUGUUACAGGUGCCACUUCUGAUCUGGGCACAAAAAUACCCACCCAUUGAAAUCCAAGAGCUACUCCCUCCCUACAGUCAUUGUGCCAGCUUUCAAGGCAGAGGGAGGCUCCCCCUGGCAUCAGGGCCAUAGUAUUUUCUUAAACAGGUCUUAUUCAUCCUGAAUAGUAUCGCCAAUGUCUGCCAAUUGCUUUCACAUAGAUGCCAACUCUUGUGUCAGCUCCAAGGGCGUCUUGUAGAUCUAAGGCUUGUCAAUGGAUGUGGCAAAGUGUCCCUUUUUUCCUUUCUUGGGCUUCCCAUGCAAAGCACAGAACCGGUGUUACCGAGCAGCUCCAAAAACAGAGGCAGAGAAGAGAUGGCACAAUUGGGAUAGCAAUGCCCAUUCAUGACUGGGGUAGAGUCUUGGCAAUUGUACAGUAAGGUCCCCUUAUUCACAGGGGCAUCUUCAAAGCCUGAAGCCUGUGCCAGUAACACUUCUGGAACUUGGUUGCCCACAGAGAACGGAAAUCACUGGAAGCAUAAGAGCAUAAGGAGGACUGGGGCAUAUUUCCGAACUGAAACUGGACAAUGCCCAGGGGGUCUUCCUGUAUGUAUUAUUUUCCUUUUCUGACAGCCGUCCGCUGGGUGGAUUAAAAGUGUGUGUGUGUAUGAGAGAGAGAGAGAGAGAGAGAGAGAGAGAGAGAGAGAGAUGGAGGGCACACGAGAACAGAUUGGUACCCGGACCUGGCUGGAUCAUGGAGGAACUCACUAGGAUGUUCUUCACUCUGCUGGACAGAGGAGAGCUGCCCCAGGGGUUCAGGACCAUGGCACUGGUGAGAUGGGCAUUGUUUUCCUCUCCUGCAACCAAUCCCUGCAGUGCCCGUUUGUGGAUGGAGUCCCUCGUUUGAUGGUUUGAAGCCGGGGGGGCGGGGACGGGGGGAGGUCAGAUGUGGUCAGUAUUAUCUCUGAAUGCCUGCAGGGUGUUUGUGUACGUGUGCAUGUAUAGGGUAUACAACCCAUUUGGCAAGAGUAAGGACUGAUUGGUAUGCCUAUUUCCCUCCCUCAUCUUCAUCCUUUUGGUGCCCAAGUGCCAGGAGCAACGCAGUGGCUGCUUUGACUAUCUUCUUCUUCUGCUAGACCAGACUUGGGCCAACUUGGCCCUCCCUCCAGGUGUUUUGGACUUCAACUCCCACCAUUCGUAACAGCCUAGGCCCCUUCUUUUUCCCUUUCCUUUUCCGCUUAAGUGGCUGGGGGAAAAGGAAGGGGCCUGAGUCUAUUACGAAUGGUGGGAGUUGAAGUCCAAAACACCCAGAGGGAGGGCUGAAGUUUGUCCAUACCAGUUCUAGAAUCAGGCUGAAGGGCUGUUUGCCAAGUGCCCUGAUGCCUACCGUUGCCAGUGUAAUGCCGGGCACAAGUGUUGUUCUUUUGGCCAGUGUCUAAAGUAUGAUUUGAUGCACAUAUUCGGUGCCCACAGCCCCACCUUUGUCGCAACCAGAGCACAAGCGAAACAGGGCCGACCUCUUCGAUUGCGUCUCCCUUGGCAAUAAAGCUCUAUUUUGGUCUUCCUA